AUGGGCCGCUUAGUGUGGCUCAUUUUCGCGAUUUUUCUCGCAUUUUCACAAAAGUGCCAAGGGAAAAUCGAGGAAAACGACGUAAAUGAGGGACCCUUUAAAGUGUAUCGAAUUGUGCCGACCACCGGGUGGCAGCUCGAGGAAAUGAUUCGAAUCUUUGAAAAUGCUGACUCUGAGGAAGCAGAUUUCUGGCAUCCUCCUUCGGUCGUGAAUCAAACGGUUGAUGUGAUGGUUUCACCGAAAAACACACGAUUUUUCGAGAAAUUCCUCCAAAAUGGCAGUUUUCCUUUUGAAAUUGCGAUAAAGGAUUUGAAAAAAAAACUUAUCGAAAAAGAAGGCGACGAGAAAUUGUCGCGUUUCUCCCGAUCGGGUUUCUCCCGAUCGCGCAGGAUUUUCGUCGAGAAAAUUAUGAGAGAUGGGCCGGGCAGUGGACUGGUCAUGGGCGAAUAUUAUGGCUAUGCGACGAUUGUUGAUUGGAUGAAGAGAAUCGCUGAUCGGAUGCCGAGAUUGGCCUCGAUUCUGGAGAUUGGACGAUCGGCUGAGGGCAGGGGCAUCUUUGGGAUCAAGCUGGGUCACGACGAUGGCCGUAAACCGAUUGUCGUCAUCGAUGCUGGCAUUCACGCAAGGGAAUGGGCGUCGAUUCACACGGCUAUGUAUUUCAUCAAUUUGAUGGCAAACGGUCACGAUUCUGAUCCUUGGAUUCGAUCUUAUUUCGACAACAUUGUCCUCUACAUUCUGCCGGUUUUAAAUCCUGAUGGCUACGAGUUCACGAGAAACGAUCGAACAAAUCCGAGGUCAAGAAUGUGGAGGAAAUCACGAUCUCAACAGCGUUGUGCUUGGGAUGGACAGUCGACAAAGUGUUGCCAUGGAGUGGAUUUAAAUCGAAAUUUUGACUUCAGAUUUGGCGAGGUGGGAGCCUCCCGGUAUCCAUGCUCGGAGAUCUACCAUGGAGAAUCCGCGCACAGUGAGCCGGAGACAAGAGCCUUCGCCAACUUUCUUAUGAAUCUCGGUGAUCGCUUGAAGGGCUACAUCACUCUCCACGCUUAUUCCCAGCUCUGGAUCUACUCCUACUCGCAUCGCAAAUUUACAUAUCCAGCUAAUAUUGAAGAGAUUCGCAACGUUGCAGCUCGAGCUGUAGCGGCACUUGGACGAGAGUUUGGCACUCGAUAUCAAUAUGGAACCGGACCCGAAAUCAUUUACGCCUUCUCGGGUGGUUCGACAGAUUGGGCGACAGAAAAGUUGCGCGUAAAAUACUCGUACACUUUGGAGUUACGACCGACAUAUGAAGGAAUUAUAGAAUGGAAUGGUUUCGUGUUGGAUAAACGUCAACUCAUCCCGACUGCUAAAGAGACGUGGGCUGGAGUGAAAGUUGUCAUUGAUCAGAUCAUUCUGGAGUACAGGACAAAGAUUGCUCGUGUUUUCCGUCAAAGAGUGAAUGCUGAAGCUCUCGAGAAAGCUGAGCAGCGCCGAAUCUCUCUAAAAGGGAAAUGCUCAGACGAAUCGCAGAGUUGCCUUCACUGGCGAUCACAAAACCCAGACAUUUGUCGGACAUCUCAAUCAGCCAUGUUGAGAGAGUGCCCAAAUAUGUGUGAUCUCUGUCAUUUGGUUUUACCG